AAGAAAAACUUCCCGCGCGCCCGCAGAACUGCAGCGCCUCCUCCCCGGCGACCCGGGAGUCCCGUCCGCCGCCGGCCCUGCGCUCACUUUUCAAAGAAUAAUAGUAACUGUAACAACCCAGAGCGAAGCCCGCAAGGCUCCACGCUCCCGACCCGAACAAUAGCCCCCUCUCUCUGUCCACCGGGGCGCGCGGCGCCUCCCGCGACUCGGGUGCAGCGAGCGGUCCUCGCGGGGUUCCGAAGGCGCACGGGAGGCGGCGACAUGGGGAACGCGAAGCCGGCGCGGCGGCCUCGGGGCUCCCGGCCCACGCCCGCGCUGCUACUGCUCGCAGCCGCCUCGGCGCUGCCGCUGCUGCUGCUGCUGCUGCUCGUGCCGGGCGCGCGCGGGCGCCCCGCCGAGGACGACGAGGAGCUGGUGCUGCCGGCCCUGGAGCGCGCGCCGGGACACGCGACCACGCACCUCCGCCUGGACGCCUUCGGCCGGCAGCUGCACCUGGAGCUGCAGCCCGACCGCGGCUUCCUGGCGCCCGGCUUCACGCUGCAGACCGUGGGGCGCAGGCCCGGGCCCGACGCGCCGCGUCUGGAGCCCGCCGGCGACCUGACGCACUGCUUCUACUCGGGCACCGUGAACGGCGACUCCGGCUCGGCCGCCGCGCUCAGCCUCUGCGACGGCGUGAGCGGUGCCUUCUACCUGCAGGGCGAGGAGUACUUCAUCCAGCCCGCGCCCGCCGCCGCCGCCGCCGCUGGGGAGGAGCCGCCGGAGCGGCCCCGGUUCCAUCUCCUGCGGCGGAGGCAGCGGGGCGGCGCCGGCGCCAAGUGCGGGGUCACGGACGACGAGACGCAGCUAGCCGGGGGCGCGCGGCCCGAGCACCAGGACGCCGGGACGCAGUGGCCGCCGCGGGACCCCGCGCCGCAGCGGGAGUCACAGCCGACAGGCACCGGGAGUGUAAGAAAGAAGCGAUUUGUGUCCAGCCACCGCUACGUGGAGACCAUGCUGGUGGCCGACCAGUCCAUGGCCGAGUUCCACGGCAGUGGGCUCAAGCACUACCUUCUCACCUUGUUCUCGUUGGCGGCCCGGCUGUACAAACACCCCAGCAUCCGCAACUCUGUGAACCUGGUGGUCGUGAAGAUCCUGGUCAUCUAUGAGGAGCAGAAGGGGCCCGAAGUGACGUCCAAUGCUGCCCUCACUCUGCGAAACUUCUGUAACUGGCAGAAGCAGCACAAUCAGCCCAGUGACCGACACGGGGAGCACUAUGACACCGCCAUUCUUUUCACCAGACAGGACCUGUGCGGGGCCAAGACUUGUGACACCCUUGGGAUGGCUGAUGUUGGAACUAUAUGUGAUCCCACCAGAAGCUGCUCGGUCAUAGAAGAUGAUGGCUUGCAAGCUGCCUUCACCACGGCUCAUGAACUAGGCCACGUGUUUAACAUGCCACACGACGAUACAAAGCAAUGUGCCAGCCUUAACGGUGUCGACCACAAUUCCCACAUGAUGGCGUCAGUGCUUCCCAAGUUGAACUACAACCAGCCUUGGUCUCACUGCAGUGCCUAUAUGAUUACGUCAUUCCUGGAUAAUGGUCAUGGGGAAUGUUUGCUGGACAAGCCCCAGAGCCCCCUCCAGCUCCCCUCCGAUCUCCCGGGGACCCUGUAUGAUGCCGACCGGCAGUGCCAGUUUACCUUCGGGGAAGAGUCCAAACACUGCGCAGACGCAGACAGCACGUGCGCGACCCUGUGGUGCACGGGCAUGUCUGGGGGCUUGCUGGUGUGCCAGACCAAGCACUUCCCUUGGGCAGACGGCACCAGCUGCGGAGAAGGGAAAUGGUGUCUGGACGGCAAGUGUGUGAACAAGACGGACGAGAUGCAUUCGCAUACCCCUAUUCACGGAAGCUGGGGGCCGUGGGGACCCUGGGGAGACUGUUCGAGAACCUGUGGCGGCGGAGUUCAGUACACAGUGAGGGAAUGUGACAACCCGGUCCCCAAAAACGGAGGGAAGUACUGUGAAGGCAAGCGCAUGCGCUACAGGUCAUGUAACAUCGAAGACUGCCCAGACAACAACGGAAAAACCUUCCGAGAGGAACAGUGUGAGGCACACAACGAGUUUUCCAAGGUUUCUUUAGGGAGCGGGCCCGCGGUGGAGUGGACGCCCAAGUACGCUGGAGUCUCGCCCAAAGACAGAUGCAAGCUCAUCUGUCAAGCCAAAGGCAUCGGCUUCUUCUUCGUUUUGCAGCCCAAGGUGGUUGACGGCACCCCAUGUAGCCCCGAUUCCACUUCUGUCUGCGUGCAAGGACAGUGUGUCAAAGCUGGCUGUGAUCGUAUUAUAGACUCCAAAAAGAAGUUUGAUAAAUGUGGUAUCUGUGGAGGAAAUGGAUCUACGUGCAAGAAAACGUCAGGAUCAGUUACUAGUGCAAAACCUGGAUAUCAUGACAUCGUCACGAUUCCUGCUGGGGCCACAAACAUUGAGGUGAAACAACGGAAUCACAGGGGGUCCAGAAAUAACGGCAGCUAUCUUGCCAUCAAAGCUGCCGAUGGCACGUACAUCCUGAACGGCGACUUCACUCUGUCCACUUUAGAGCAAGACAUUACCUACAAAGGUACGGUCUUGAGGUACAGCGGUUCCUCAGCCGCGUUGGAAAGAAUCCGCAGCUUCAGCCCUCUCAAAGAGCCCAUAACCAUCCAGGUCCUCACAGUGGGCAAUGCCCUUCGCCCGAAGAUUAAAUACACCUACUUUGUGAAGAAGAAGAAGGAGCCUUUCAAUGCCAUCCCUACCUUCUCAGAAUGGGUCAUCGAAGAGUGGAGCGAGUGUUCCAAGUCAUGUGGACUGGGUUGGCAGCGGAGAUGGGUGGAGUGCCGAGAUAUUAAUGGGCAGCCCGCCUCGGAGUGUGCCAAGGAGGUGAAGCCAGCCAGCACCAGACCGUGCGCAGACGUGCCUUGCCCCAGCUGGCAGCUAGGGGAUUGGUCGCUAUGUUCCAAGACUUGCGGGAAGGGUUACAAAAAGAGAACCUUGCAGUGUCUGUCCCAUGACGGGGGGGUAUUGUCUCCUGAGUUCUGUGAUCCUUUAAAGAAACCUAAGCAUUACAUAGACUUUUGUACGAUGGCAGAAUGCAGUUAGGCAGGGAAAGCUUGAGGGGAGGAGGUGUGUGGAAGGGCUGAUGCACUGACAUCAAGAAGGCUGGAGGGAUCUGGUGUACCUUGCCUGUGUCAAUGAGUCGGGAGUGUAGAGGUAGGUAGAAAAGGAGUUAGAUCGGCAGAAUAUCCUGCCAGUUACGAAUCUGAUAGGGUAGUUAAUGAGGGUUAUUAAUCUCUGAGCAGUGAUAUAGCAUGAUAAAGCCCCAGGGCAUUAUUAUUAUUCCUUUUGUUACAACUAUGACAAGUUUAAAAAAACAAAUAGAAACAGUCAUCAAAAUUAGUUUAAGGAUUAUACAAUCCCUGUUCUGUGGUACUGAUUCAAUACUUUGUGUCAUGGGGGUUGGGAAAUGAAAAGCGGGAGAGAGGAGAUUUUUAGUCACAGACAGGGCUUACUUUACCUCACAAACAAUGGAGGGAGAAAGGAGUUACAAUAGCAUCUUCAACCAGCACUGAUUGAUUUUGGCUGCUACCGUUUCUGAGAACGUUUCCGCCAUCUUUCCUACUGAGAGUUAAGAAUGCAAGGUUGUCCACCAUGAGAGAAAAGCUUAGCAACAUCAAGCGACUCAAAUGAACACCAUCUUUACUCUCCUGUGCCAUCAUUGCGUCUCUAUUCAUGAUGUCGUUUUGACAAACAAUUACACGCGUUUGUAAAAAUGCAUUAAGUCUAUGAAUUAAAAAAAAAAAAAAAAAAGGCAGCAAUGAAUCAGAUGCUAGUAAAAGCCAGAGGAGACAAGAUGAGCUCAGACCUCCUCCUUUCUUUCCUCCUUAUGUAAGCCUGCUUUCGGAAUGUGGCUGUUAAAAAAAAAAAAACAAAAAACAAACAAACAAAAAAAAAAACAGUUCAUGUCUCAAGAAGGACCGGGUGAUCACACACGAAAGGAUGUAAUGCCAGUGUAAGAAUGGGGUGUGUAGAAUGGGAUCCCCAGUGUUUGGGAACAUGGAGACCAACUUGUCUCACAGUAGGGAGGCUACUGAGGGGUAGCGGGUCCAUCCCCAGCAGCUGGCCCAACAGUCAUAUCCUGGUGAAUGUCUGUUCAGCUCUUCUACUAUGAAAGAGAAUAGGACUUUUUUUUCCCCAUAUGUAUAUAGUAAAAUAUGUUACUAUAAAUUCUAUGUACUUUAUAAGUA